AGGUGAAUUUCCGCGGCAGCGGCCGGGGGAGCGGGCUCGGCUCGGGCGCUGCCGCCGGCUUUUGGGGCGGCUCCGCCAAGGGCCGCGGAGGAGGGUCCCUCGGCCGACCCCGACCCCGGCUCCGGCUCCCCCUUCACCCGGAGUGCCUGGAUGCUGGAUGGAGUAAAUGAGCGGAGGAAGAGGGAGCGCACACAGGCUGAGAGGCGCUCGGAGACCGGGACCGGGGGAGACAGGCGGGCGGCUGGCUUCCCCCUCCGGGGCUGAACAUGGAUUCCCGAGCCCUCGGGGGCUUCACGCUGCUGCUCUUCAGUUUUGGGCACCUGGGAUUAACUGCAACAAAUUAUAAUUGUGAUGAUGCAUUGGUAUCUCCCUUACCUUCAACAGCCCUUACCAGUUCCUCUGAGCUCUUCAGUACUCACAGUCCCAGCUUUGCAAAGCUCAACAGGCGAGAUGGAGCUGGUGGCUGGUCCCCGUUGGACUCAAAUGAGCAGCAGUGGCUCCAGGUUGAUCUGGGAGACAGAGUGGAGAUUGUCGCGGUCGCUACCCAGGGCAGGUACGGGAGCUCAGACUGGGUAACCAGCUAUACGCUGAUGUUCAGCGACACUGGCCGCAACUGGAAACAGUACAGACAAGACGACACCAUCUGGGUUUUCACAGGGAACAGCAAUGCUGACGGUGUGGUUCACCACAAAUUUCUGCACUCCAUGAAAGCCCGCUUCUUGCGCUUCAUCCCUCUGAAGUGGAACGUCGGUGGGCGAAUAGGACUGAGAGUUGAGGUCUUCGGCUGCUCCUAUAAGUCAGAUAUUGCAGACUUCGAUGGCAGAAGCUCACUCCUCUACAGGUUCAAUCAGAAGCUUAUGAGCACAUUCAAAGAUGUGGUUUCCUUGAAAUUCAAGAGCAUGCAGGGGGAUGGAGUCUUAUUCCAUGGAGAAGGACAGCGUGGAGACUACGUUACUUUGGAACUGCAGAAAGGGAAGCUCUCCUUGCACAUCAACCUGGGGGACUCCAACCUGCACUUCAGUAACAGCCACACAUCUGUCACCCUGGGCAGCCUCCUGGAUGAUCAGCACUGGCACUCAGUUCUCAUAGAGCGUUUCAACAAGCAAGUGAACUUCACGGUGGACAAGCACACCCAGCAUUUCCGAACAAAGGGGGAUUCAGAUCACUUGGAUAUUGAUUAUGAGCUCAGUUUUGGAGGGAUUCCAGUCCCGGGGAAACCAGGAACCUUUCAGAGGAAAAAUUUCCAUGGAUGCAUUGAGAACCUUUAUUACAACGGAGUCAAUAUAAUUGACCUGGCAAAGAGACGCAAACCUCAGAUCUAUACUGUGGGGAACGUGACCUUUUCUUGCUCAGAACCACAAAUUGUUCCUAUCACCUUUGUCAGCACCAGUCGAAGCUACUUGCUACUACCCGGCACUCCUCAAAUUGAUGGUUUGUCAGUCAGCUUCCAGUUUCGAACAUGGAAUAAAGACGGCUUACUUCUAUUCACCGAAUUGUCUGAAAAUUCAGGACCCCUCUUGGUUUACCUCCAUGGUGGGAGACUUACACUACUUAUUCAGAAAGAGACAGAGAACCCAGUGGAAAUCAGUGAAGGCACCAAUCUCCACGACGGGCUUUGGCAUUCUGUUGACAUCAAUGCCAGAAGACAUCGCAUUACCUUGACACUGGAUAACAAUGCUGCCACUGCUAGCCACGCAACCACUGUCUCAAGGAUCUACUCUGGGGACAGCUACUAUUUUGGAGGGUGCCCUGACAAUUUCACUGAUUCCCAGUGUUUAAAUCCCAUUACUGCUUUUCAAGGCUGUAUGAGGCUCAUCUUUAUUGAUAACCAGCCCAAGGACCUCAUUUUGGUUCAGCAAGGCUCCCUGGGGAAUUUUAGUGAUUUACACAUUGAUCUGUGUGGCAUCAAAGACAGAUGUUUACCCAACUACUGUGAACAUGGAGGAAAAUGCUCUCAGUCCUGGACCACCUUUUACUGCGAUUGUAAUGAUACAGGCUACAUGGGAGCUACCUGUCAUAACUCUAUCUAUGAAAAAUCUUGUGAGGCUUACCGACACCAAGGGAAGACAUCAGGUUUCUUCUACAUCGAUUCUGAUGGAAGUGGACCACUUGGACCACUCCGUGUUUUUUGCAAUAUAACAGAAGAUAAGAUCUGGACUGCAGUGCAGCACAACAACACAGGGCUAACCAGAGUCCAAGGAGCUGAUCCGGAGAAGCCAUACACCAUGUCCUUUAACUACAACAGCAGUGCGGAGCAGCUUGAAGCCAUGAUAAACAGUGCAGAGUACUGCGAACAGGAGGCAGCCUACCACUGCAAAAAGUCACGUCUCCUGAAUACCCCGAAUGGAAUGCCAUUUGCUUGGUGGGUUGGCCGUGCCAAUGAAAAGCAUCUUUACUGGGGAGGAUCUCUUCCGGGCAUUCAACAGUGUGCAUGUGGACUGGAAGAAAGUUGUCUGGAUAUGAGAUAUUUUUGCAACUGUGACGCAGAUAGAGAAGAAUGGACAAAUGAUACCGGCCUUCUUGCUUUCAAAGACCAUUUGCCUGUAACUCAGAUAGUGAUCACUGACACAAACAGAUCAAAUUCUGAGGCUGCUUGGAAAAUCGGCCCUUUGCGUUGCUAUGGAGACAGGCAGUUCUGGAACGCCGCUUCCUUCAACACAGAGGCCGCCUACCUGCACUUCCCCACCUUCCACGCUGAGGUCAGCGCAGACAUCUCCUUCUUCUUCAAAACUACUGCCAUCUCUGGGGUGUUCUUGGAAAACCUUGGGAUUAAAGACUUCAUACGAGUUGAAAUAAGCUCCCCCAAAGAGAUCACAUUCUCCAUAGAUGUUGGGAAUGGCCCCACAGAAGCCACCGUGCAGUCUCCCACACCCCUGAAUGACAACCAGUGGCACUAUGUCCGUGCGGAGAGAAACCUCAAGCAAACCUCUCUCCAGGUGGACAGCCUCCCCAAGAAGGUCCUGGAGGCACCUGCUGAGGGACACUUCCGCUUGCAGCUCAACAGCCAGUUAUUUGUAGGGGGAACAGCUUCCAGACAAAAGGGCUUUUUGGGAUGCAUUCGAUCUCUGCAUUUAAAUGGACAGAAACUUGACCUUGAAGAGAGAGCUAAAAUGACACCUGGUGUUAAACCUGGGUGUCCAGGACAUUGCAGCAGUUAUGGUAACCUGUGCCAUAAUGGAGGGAAAUGUGUGGAGAAGUAUAAUGGUUACUCCUGUGAUUGUACCAACUCAGCCUACGAAGGACCUUUCUGCAAGGAAGAGGUUUCUGCAUUAUUUGAAGCUGGCACUUCCAUUACCUAUAUUUUCCAAGAACCUUAUCCUGUCACAAAAAAUGCAAGCACCUCAAGCUCUGCCAUUUAUGCGGAUGCUGUCAUGUCCAAGGAAAAUAUUGCAUUUAGCUUUCUUACGGCACAUACUCCAAGCCUUCUGCUGUACAUCAACACCUACUUUCAUGAAUAUUUGGCUGUGAUUCUCUCCAAGAAUGGAAGUUUACAGGUCCGAUACAAGCUGAGUAAGGAUGGCCUCCUCAUCUUCACCAUUGACUCUGGAAAUUUUGCCAACCGAGAGCUGCACCAUGUGAAGAUUAACAGAGAAGGCAGAGAGCUCAUCAUUCAGGUUGAUCAAGUUCUCAAACUCAAACACAACUUUUCUGAGAUUGAUUUUAAGGCCAUUAAAUCACUCACCUUGGGCAAGGUCACAGAUAGUUUGUCACUGGACCCUGAAGUCUCAAAGGCAAAUGCCUAUGGUUUCACUGGCUGCCUGUCCUCUGUUCAGUACAACCACAUUGCUCCCCUGAAAGCUGCCUUACGCCAUCCCAGCGUUGCUCCCGUGACUGUCACAGGCUCCUUGACUGAAUCCAGCUGUGCAUCCAUAAUGGAAGCUGAUGUGAACACAGUAACCACAAUAUACUCCUCAUCAGAUACUUUUGGGAAGACAGAUGAAAGAGAGCCUCUCACCAAUGCAGUCAGAAGCGAUUCAGCUGUGAUUGGAGGUGUAAUAGCAGUUGUGAUAUUCAUCAUCUUUUGCAUCAUUGCCAUCAUGAGCAGAUUUCUCUAUCAGCACAAACAAGCACAUCGAAGUAGCCAGACAAAGGAGAAGGAAUACCCAGAAAACCUCGAGAGCUCCUUUAAAGCUGACAUUGACUUGCAGAACACAGUGAGCGAGUGCAAACGGGAAUAUUUCAUCUGAUGGACAAUGCAAUUUCUUCUUACUCUUACUCCCCUAACCUUCCUUCCUUUAUUCCCUUCUUCCUUCCUUUUUUCUUUUUGUAAUUUUUUUUUAAACAGUCAUUUUUUGCUAACUUCUUUUUCAUUUGGAAAAGACCGCCCUGCACAGGAAACACUGACAACAAUCACAGUGCCUCAUUCUCUGCACAAGAACCUGGCAGUCACAGUUUACUUCAGCAGCUCAAGAGACCUGUUAUCCCACCCUACACAAAAUAAGAUCCACAUGCACACCUGGUUUCUGCUGUGGGUUUCUGGAUGUUUCAAAGUCCCCACAUUUAUUUUGGUUUUUCUCUGGACCCAUUUAAUUCAUCACUUUUACACUAGAGCUGGACUAUGUAAAGUAAAGUAGCUGAACACGUAGCUCUACAGAUACUGGGACAGGAUAGAGGGAAAGAACUAGACCAAAAUGCCUGAUUUAUUUUACAGGCUCAUUUACAGCAGUCAUAAAGAACUGGCCAAAUUCUCAAAUGAUAUGAAUUGAUAUAUAUCUAUUGAUUUCAAUGGUGUUACAUUAAUUUAUACCAGUUGGGAAGCUGGUAUGAGGUAAGAAAAAAGAAAACUGUCCUCAUUAAGCUCCUUCCCCCAACCUCCUGUCCUUUUACUGUAACUUUUAGGCUUAUCAGUACUUUUCCAACAAUAUAUGUAUCAACAAUAAAUGUCAUUCCCGUGCACCUCUUUCACCUCCAUCUCGUAAGGCUGGCUAUGUAGACCCAACGUACUCUAGCAUAACUCUAGCUGAAGCAUGGAAAAUAGUAGCUUGAAUCUCCAAAGGUUUUAGGAAGCUGCUAGGACUUAGGUGCUCUAUAUUUGUCUGAAAUGUUAGAAAUGCAGCAUAUACCUGUUCAUGCCAUAUGGAGGAUUAUCACAUGCUGAGGUUAAACACCGUUGCCACUGUGGCAAAGACGAAGUACAUAGAUGAGAAAAAACAAAAAUAGUUCAAUCUUAAACAUGAGUCACACCUUCUGCCAGUUCUAAAAAAGAAAAAAAUGCAGCUACUCAAAAAAAAAAAAAACCAAAACAAAACUGCAUGAAAGAUUGAUUGGUAUUUCCUGUUUGUAGAAAUUGGAGUAUCUUCUCCAAAGCUAAAUAGAGAGAGGUCUGAUGUCACAUCUAAAAAUGUUAAUAUUUGAUCAACCCUGUUUACAAGGAAGUACAUUAGGGAAACAAGUUAAAAAAGAUCCCAAAUACUCUACUUUGAAUUAAUCUUCUGUGCUGUUUUUAUAAAAAGUCUUCUGUCCUUAGCUGAUUGGGAACAAUACUGAAGACUCAAAUCCUGCCGGUUUUACUUAUGCUGUAUGGUUUCAGUGUGAGGCUCAAAAAACUUCUUUUCAGUCACAGACAUCCUAAGGGUGAGAAAUGGAGAAGUCCCACCAAGGGAGGUUUUUCACACCCUGCUUGUGUCUGUGUGACGUACUGCCUUCACAGGGCUUCUGAAGAUUAUGUAGAAUUUGCUGUCAGACUUGAAGGUUUCAGACAGUUUAAUCAAUCCAACAGCUAAGAAAAAAAAAAAUGAAUUCAGGACAAUUUAUUGUGCAGCUGAAUCUCUUUCUUUGCCCCCUACAGCCUUCUGCAGUCAUCCUGGGGUUUCCGCAUGGUGAUCUUUUUUACAUAGAUUAAAAACAAAUAAUAACCCACAGCAAACUAGAGAAGAGGUAACACAUGCAACAGGUGCUAUUUUUCCAGGCAGCGCAUUGCAGGGGUAUGUAGCUAGCUAUAUUUUUGAUGGGAGGAGGGGACAGACAAGGAAGAAUAAAUAAAUGACAGUUUGGAUAUGGUAAUUCUUCACCACUUCUUUUGGAAGUAGCAUCUGGUGAAGAGAAAGCAAUCUUGGAAUGAUAUCACUCUCACGUGAAGAGGACUGUGUGAGGCCAGCCCCAUAACCAGAACUCUAACCAAGCAAUUUUAUAAAGCUAUUUAUAUUGAAAUUAGUAUUGGUGCCAUUCUUCCUCGACUGUGGACGACAACAGCCCUUUUGCUUCAUGCUGGCUGUUUGCAUGAUACAUGAUUACCUGAGAGUGUUUCUGCAUGAUGAGAUGUAUAAUGGUGGACUCAUUAGCUGUGUUCCCUUUAUGUUGCUUUAUCUUCUGCAGUGAAGUCCUGGCAAAGCAAUUCUCUUUUCUCCUUCCUUCCUUCCCCCAGAUAAAGCUGCUUGCUUUGGCAUAGCAGGAGGGGAGGAAUAAGCAAGCACAUAGGCUUCUCUGCCUGUUUUUGAGUCAUCUUACUGAAAUGGCCUCUGUAUGAGACAUCUCUGAAGUCCUAAUAUACUUAAUUGUUCAUGAAGAAUGGAAUGGGAAGGAGGGGAAAGCCCACAGGUGUGUAUUUUUCUCUAGCCAAACUAACAGAUACAAAUCAUUCUUCUGCUUUCCUACAUGUUAGUUUCCAGGAAUAAAUUACUACAAAGUGCAACAAUAAAGCACUAAACAGCUCCAGCAGCGGAGUAGCUGGAAAAGGGAGACUGAGCAAUGAAGCAGAGUCCUCUCAUUUCUCAAGUGACUAAAUUACUUCGAGCCAUCUUAGGGCCUGAUUAUGCAAGAUGCUGAGCUUUCUCAAGGCGGAACAAGUUCCCAUCACCAAAUGUAGAUAUUAGUGUUGCUGCAAAUAUUUCAGAUACAGCUCAGUGGCCGAGUCCUGGGCCAGAGAGCGAGUGUAGUGGCAUGCUGUGUGCAAGCCCAGACCUGGCAAUACAGUGUAAGUUGUUUCUUUGUCCAUUUUCCUUUAUCAUUUAAUAUAGCCCAGGCUGGUAAAACUCCUUGAAAAUUUAGCUACAUUGGUGUGCAUCUGUAAAAAGAAUGAACUGCACAUACAUAAAUACAUGCAUAAGUAUAGAGAAACACAUGCUCUAUACCUAUGGAUGUAAUGAAAUGUGACUAUUUAUAUGCUACAGGGCUGGACAAAUGAACACACUUGUAUGGACUUGCCAUUUAAAAUCCUAUCUUCUAAAUCAGGAUGUCAAUAUUCUUAUUAAAAGGUAGCUAAAAGAUACUGUAUGAAAUACCCUAAUAUUAACUCCUUUUUCUUCUGGGUUUUUUUUUUUCUUUUUUUGUUAUAAUGCUUUCUUUAGUGAGGGCUUAAUCUGAUUUACUUCAGUACCAGUUAAAGGCAACUAAAAAUAAUUUUUAAAAAAAGAGAAGAAAUGCAAAUUUGAAAAAAUCUAGCAGCGUUAAAAUUGCUUUUAUUUUCCACAGUUCAAAUUAGACCCUUUUUCCCGUCUAUUACAAACCAUUUCUGCUAUUUUUGUUAAAAUUGCUCUUUAAAUGGGGACGUCUUUCCUUUUUUCUUUUAGCUAUCAUUCUAGAUAACAUUUUUCAGUAAACAUAGGGAACAAUACUUUUUAUAUAUAAAAUUUCAGGAUUUAUUU